AUGAAUUUCAAUGCUUCGACCUCCCCGGUAUACCGGGCCAUGAGCUCCUUUCUGGAUUUCCCCAAUGACGAUCAGCGCCUUUGGUGGCAAAGCGUAGCCCCGAUGUUCGCAGAUAUUCUACGAAUUACUGGCUAUGAUAUUCAUUCACAAUACCGGAUCUUAGGCAUCUGGAAAAGGGAUGUGAUUCCAUUUCUCGGGGUCUACCCGAAGCCAUCUCGCAAAAGGUGGCUUAGCAUACUUACUCGGUAUGGUACGCCUUUUGAGUUGAGUCUCAACUGCUCUCACCGACUAGUGAGAUACACAUUCGAGCCUAUCAACGCUGCCACUGGAACUGCCACCGAUCCAUUCAACACUCAUGCCAUCUGGGACAGUUUGCAGACACUUAUGCCUUUGCAGCCCAACAUCGACUUGCGUUGUCUGAAACAUUACAAGGCUCACUGUACGCUCAAUGAUGAAGAGUCCGCUUUAUUAGUCGAAAAUGAAAUGGCUGGACCGCACAUAAAAACCCAGAACAAGCUGGCCCUUGACCUUGAAGCUAGUGGUUCAUUGGUAAAGGUUUAUAUUUAUCCGUCUUUAAAGUCAGUCGCAACGGGGCGAUCAAUGGAAGAUCUGGUUUUUGGAUCCAUUCAUAGUCUUUGCGAGCAGACACCUGGUCUCUCGCAUCCUCUAACCAUUUUGGAAGACUAUGUUCGCUCCCGUUCCAGUGAUGGGACUGCGUCCGUGCGGUUGCUAUCGUGCGAUCUCAUUGACCCGACAAAGUCUCGUACAAAGGUUUAUCUCUUGGAGCGGAUGGUUUCAUUGGCCGCCAUGGAAGACCUAUGGACAAUGGGUGGGCGGCGUCAAGAUCCUUGUACACUUGCCGGAUUAUGUCUAAUCCGUGAGCUCUGGGACUUGGUGCAGCCUCCCACCGGCCUCCUGUCUUAUCCUGAAGGGUACCUCGAUCUAGGCACGAGGCCGAACGAACAACUGCCACUGAUGGCUAAUUAUACUCUUCGCCCAGACGACCGUAUACCGGAGCCUCAGGUAUACUUUACCACGUUCGGAAUGAACGAUAUGUGCGUCGCGAAUGGCUUGGUGACCUUCUUUAAGCGUCGGGGUUGGACGGAAAUCGCAGAGUCUUACAUUAACUGCCUGCGCGCAUGCUACCCUCACGAAGAUCAUGACGCCCUCAACCAUGUUCAAGCGUAUAUCUCAUUCUCCUAUCGAAAGAAGACACCUUACAUGAGUGUGUAUCUUCACACUUUUGAAACAGGAGACUGGCCUAUUUUCCUGGAAUAUGCUAAGAGACCUCCAAGCACCCGGCGUGAGCUCCAGACCAAUGCACAAGACUUUGUGCCAUGA